AAUUCUCAAAACCCAGGAAGUAACUACAAACGCUAUGUUCUCUCGAUUGAAGGAGAUGCGUCUCGAACUGAAUGAAUUCACAACUUGCCUUGAGAUGUUCAACGCGCCUGCUCUCUCAGCAAUACUUGCAAGAUCCACUCAACUCCGGAGUCUUCGUCUUGGGAGUCGCGAGCCUCCACGACACUACAGUAGCCUCCAUACCUCGCGAUUCUUACGGUCGAUCUCUUCUUCUUACCUCGAAACACUCCAUCUCUACCAACUUGAGCUCACAGAAUCAAGCCUCGGACAACUCUUGGCCAAGACGUGCAAACUAAAGCGCUUGAGCAUGCUGAAUUGCAUUAUGUUCAAAGCUUCAUGGAUUUCGACAAUGAAACAAAUCAAGAACACACUUCCGGAACUUGACGAUCUGCACCUUUUCAGUCUCACACCCUGUAUGGUUCGGGCUAUGCCAAGGCUAUUGGAGGAGUAUGAAGCUAAGCUCCUGUCAGUAAUCAACGUGCGUGGUCAUUCAUGUAUACAGUCACGUUUGGAAGAGACAAUACAGAGCUAUGAGACUUUUGCUGAUGGGAUAUCGGUCAUGCUCGUUGAAAGUGGAGAUGAUGACCCUUGGUAGUAGGUAAUCGAAGCAAUGAGGCAGCAAGAUAAAAUCGGAAAGACCGGGAGCACAAUAGGUCUUGCCAUAGGUGGAUACCUAAGAUGAAAUAAUUCAGAUAAGCGAACAU